CAGUGGACAAGGAGAGGCUGAAAGCAGCCUCCAUGGGAAUGGAGCAGGGCUGGUGUCUGCUGCUCUGCUUGGCUCUCUCUGGAACCGGAGCUGGAACCACAGAAACGGAGGUCACAGCAGCAGAAAGGCAGUGGCGGGCAGUGGAUGUGAUCUUAGACUGCUUCUUGGUGACAGAAGGCGGGCACCCAGGGUCUUUUGUCAGCAAUGGGAACAGGGAGAAGGCCUUGCUUGUGCUGAAGCAGGUGCCAGUACUGGAUGACGGCUCUCUGGAAGGUUUCACUGAUUUCCAAGGGGACACAGUGGCCAAAGAUGAUCCACCUGUUAUCUUCGAGGCCUCAGUGGACCUAGUACAGAUUCCCCAGGCCACAGCCUUGCUCCAUGCCGACUGCAGUGGGAAGGAGGUAACCUGUGAGAUCUCCCGCUACUUUCUCCAGGCCAGACAAGAGGCCACUGUUGAGACAACAGCUUGGUACAUCACCAAUGUGCGGGUAUCCAGAGGGGGACCCAGUGUUUCCAUGGUGAUGAAGACUCUUGGGGAUGCUGAGAAUGGUGCUGACUGGCACCCCAUGCUGAACCCAUCUCUGAGCCCCCAGAGGACUGUGAAGACCACAGUGGAAUUCCAGGUGACAACAGAAACCCAAUCCCUGAAUUUCCCACUGGCGUCUUCAGCCUCCCUGCCCUGUGGCUUCACCAUGGCACCAGGCCUGGACCUCAUCAGCGUGCAAUGGCGGCUGCAGCACAAGGGCAGUGGCCACCUUGUCUACACUUGGACUAGAGGGCAGGGGCAGGCCAAGCGUAAGGGAGCUACUCUGGACCCUGAGCAGUUACACACGGCUGGGAACGCAUCCCUCACCCUGCCCGGCCUCACUGUACAGGAUGAGGGGGCCUACAUUUGCCAGAUCACCACCUCUCUGUAUCAAGCUCAAGAAAUCAUCCAGCUCAACGUUCAAGCUUCCCCUAAAGUCCAAAUGAGCAUGACAAAUGAAGCUCUGGCACCAACCCUCAUCUGCAAUGUUGCUGGCUACUAUCCUCUGGACAUGGUGGUGACAUGGAUCAGAGAAGAGCUGGAAGGAACCCCAGCCCAAGUCUCUGGUGCCUCCUACUCCAGCCUCAGGCAAAGCAUGGCAGGCACCUAUAGCAUCUCUUCCACCCUGACAGCAGAACCUGGCCCUGCAGGUGCCACUUACACUUGCAAGGUUACCCAUAUCUCCCUGAAGGAGCCCCUUGAGGCCAGCAUGAGGGUUGUCCCACGAACAGAGAGAAUGGUGUUAGGAGUCAUCUUUGCCAGCAGCCUCUUCCUUCUUGCACUGUUGUUCCUGGGGCUUCAAAGGCAGCAAGCUUCAUCACCAAGGUCUGCCAAGACUGAGGCAUUCUAGACAGCCACUCUUCAGCCUCCAAGUAAAAAGAUGCAGUAGUCACGUUCACGCAGAAGGACUUCACACUGAGGCAUGGUGCCGAGAAAGGCCUGAAGGAGGCAUCAAGUCUUGGAAUGAGGGGCACCAACCCUGGGUCUGUGCAGGCCUCUGCCUUCCUUUACUGUGUCCCUGGGCUGAUGAAUCAAGGGUGAGAACAGGAACAGGUGAGGUAACAACAGGAGGGCUGAAUGACUGAGUGGAGGUUAACACCAAAGGGUCAGAUCUGAGGUGGUGGUACAAAAAAGGAACAGGAAGAAAGGGAGAAAGGAGCAAGGAGAGGGCAACAGGGCAAAGGGCUGGGGGCUGAACCACCACUCACAAACUCUGAACUCUGGGAAAAUAAAAGCACCUGUGUCCACUGAGGCAAA